GGGCAUUAUUACUUACUUAUCACUAAAACGAAAACAAUUGCUAAGAAUAGUUUUGAGUUUAUACUUUUAUAGGUACAUUUAUUAGUGAUUACGUGUUCUCGUAUAAAUACAAGCCAUCUCUGGUAUUACACGGCAUCUCCAUAUUUGCAAGCUUCAAUAACAAAAGUUUCAAUAACAGGAUUUCAGACUGCAAUUGCGUUUCAAGUUUUUUUUUUUGCAAUAUUGACUGGAUCAAGGCUGCAUCGAUGAGCCAUCCAUAAAUGUCGAAGUUGCGAAGCCUGUUCCGCCUGAAAUCAAAGUAUUUUCUGCGGAACCAUACUAAUAACUUUAGCCAGAUGAACGCAGAAGGGUCCACAGUGCCGGGCCGUAAGCCGCCGGUAGAGGCUCUGAAAGACCUUGGAUAUGCUUUCAAUUCAAAAGGGGAGCUCAGAAAGAUUGUAGACGGAGUUCCCGGGGAGGAGCUAUUUGAGUUUAAUGUGAGUGAGCUGCAGCAGGAAUGCCAGGUGCACUAUGAGAAUGUUGGCAUGGUUGUCACCGACUAUGUCUACCAUCUGUUAGAAACACAGGAGAAUAUGAUGAGGCUUCCAGUCCCUUCUGACAGUAAGCCGGCAAGUGGCACUUUCAUAUUUGCCACCAAGGAAUAUGAGACAAAAGAUAUCCUUCUCCUGCUCAUACAUGGCUCGGGGGCCGUGCGCGCUGGCCAAUGGGCACGAUCUCUCAUCAUCAACGAAAACCUCGAUAAAGGUACACAAAUACCCUACAUAAAACGCGCAGUGGCCAAAGACUAUGGAGUUAUAGUGCUAAAUACAAACGACAACUACCUAACAACUGGCAAUAAAAUACCGAAAAGCGGCACACCAGAUGAACACGCGCAGUACGUGUGGGACAAAUACGUUGCCAACACGAAGGCGUCCUCGAUUCUCAUCGUGGCCCACAGUUACGGCGGCGUGGUGACGAUGAACCUGGCUUUAAAGAAUAAGAACGAGUUUAAGAAGAGAGUAAAGGCUAUUGCCAUGACGGACUCUGUGCAUGGGUUCUCUAGUAAGAGUAUACCUGAUUAUGUUACACAGACUGCAAUAAAUUGGAUAUCAUCAAACAAACCUUUGGACACGCCCAUGCCUACCAGAAAUGGAGAAAUACCGAUGGUCUCGGCUGGCCAUCCAAAACACGAAAUGACUUCGUAUUCAUGCAUGGAUUCAGUGUUCAACUUUUUUGAAGAAAAACUAGCCAAGAACUGAAUGUUGUUGAAUUGUACAAUAAUAUAUUAAGAUUUUGUUUAUCAAUUUUGUAUAUGAAAGAUGAAAGUAAGAAUGCAUAUCAUACAAAAUGGUAAAAUGUAUUUAAUUUUUCUUGUGUCAAAAGUAAUGGUCUUGCCUAUUGCACAAACAUCUUUUAUAACAAUAUUUUGUAUAAUAAUUAAGGAAUAAGGAUUUACUUAUCAAUGAAUUCAACUGUGUAACAGUAUCAAUUUAUACAUUUAAUAUAUGUUUUAAAUAA